AUGCAGGUCUCUGAGCUGCCAGCGGCACAAUUCAAGGAGCUCCGCAGCUACCUGGAGCUGGAGUUCGCAAAGCAGCACCACCUUCUGAACGCGUUGGUUCACCGGGGCUCACUGCCGGUCCAGCUGCACAGCGAGGAGACGAUAAGUCUGCUGACAGCUCCGGAGGUCGAGGAGCCUGCCGCAGAGCCUGCUGAGCACGAAGAUGGUGAGAGAGUGAGCGUAGGAAGCUUGGCGCAGCUCAAGCUGGAUGCCACACCAAGCAGGGCCAGAAAGGAGACCAUCUUCUGGCAAACCUCCGAGAAUAAGAUGGCUCAGGCACAGCAGCAAGCGUCGCAGCUGACACGUGCCCGUCGCGCGCACUCCAGCGAGAGCGCCGGCGAUCGGACCUGGCGGACCUGGUUGGAACGCAUCGUCUCGUCUGACAGGUUCAGCAACCUGAUCAUGUUUCUGAUUAUGGCCAAUGUCAUACUCAUGGGCAUCGAGGUGGAUGUUUCGUCUACAUUGGGCCAGGGCGACAUCCCCGGAUGGUUCAACACGGUGAAUCUGGUCAUGGUCACUGGCUUUGUGGUCGAAACGAUCUUAAAGCACCUGGCCUUUGGCUGCGGCGGCUUUUGGUGUGGAGCGGAGUCCGGCUGGAACAUCUUUGAUUUCGCCGUCGUCGUCGUGUCUGUGGUGGAAUGUGCCCUGGACAUCUGGGCACAGAGCCUGGAUGCGAACUCCGGACAAGUGCGCAUUCUACGGACCGUGCGCCUCAUACGCGCCCUUCGAGGGAUGAGGCUGGUUCGGCUAUUUCGCUAUGUGGUUGCUCUGCGAACGCUCCUGCUGUCUAUCAUCGCCACCACGGGCUCUCUCUUUUGGACACUUCUGCUUCUCAUUACGCUUUGCUACUCCUUCGGCAUGGCCAUCGCGCAGUUCGUGAUGGACCACUGUCGAUUUGAGGCCAUCGACCGAACCAAUGACCCCAACGCGAUACCCGACUGUCCGGCGAAUCUGAGGAAGUAUUGGUCCAGUGUCCCGGACAGCAUGCUCACGCUGUUCCUUGCUAUUUCUGGUGGGAUCAGCUGGGACGAAGCCUUCCGACCACUGCGAGAGUUCUCCCCGCUGGGAACAGCUUUGCUACUGGGACCGCAUCCGCGCUUGAAGUCUUCAAGGUCCACGGUUCUGGAAGAGUGA